AUGACGGCCACCGCGUCACCUCCCCAUCCCACCGCGCAAGCUCACCACGACAUUCCGCCCUCGGAGGCGCAACCCGAGCCGCACACCGAUGUUGCCGUGCAAAAUGGUCACCAGGACGAUGACGACUCCUCAGACAGCCUGUCAGACCUCGACGACCAGUUUGACGACGCGUCAGAAUUCGAUGCCGUCGACUCUGGCCCUCCCUACACGAAUGGCAACCCCGAUGCAUCACCAGGCAGUCGCUCCGACGGGCUCGACCUGAACGGUGAUGAACCACCAGCGAAGCGACAACGCACCCGCGACUCGACACCGCCCCCGCGACCCCGUCAAAAGCCAAUCUCACCACCCUGGAAGAAGAUCGAGGCAGAGGGUCCCACAUCUUUCAUCGAGAAUGGCCGGCGCAAGUCUGGGCGCACCAACUUGUUGCCUCGGGACAUGCAGCCUCCAGGCAAGAGGAGGCAGACACGGCAUGUUCCACAGAGUGUCAACGGUUCAGCAAAUGGAGGUAACAAAGAUAGGGCGACGGCCCGGACCCCUGUCAAUGGGCAGGCGAAUGGUAGCAAGCGACGUCUUUCAAGCAGCUCAAAAGCCACGCCGGUGAAGCCAACGUCAACGUCAGCUAAGCGAUCCUUCACACAACCUGUACGGCCACCGCCCAAGCCGACAGGUCGCCGACGUUCAUCACCGCCACCUCCGCCGAAGAGAAAUCUAGGCACGCGACGCAGCUCGCGUGCCUUGCGACACGAUGGAGAUAAUGGUGCUGCGGACGAGGAAGACGACACAGGUUCAAAGCCGACCAAGAUAAAGCUACGACUGAAACCCACCUUCAUUCCCCUUGUCCAUCCAUUGCAAGCGAACGUGUUGCCUGGACAGACGCUACCGCGGCCCCGGGUGUCUGAUACUUUCGCCGAGUACAUACAUAACGCUCCGGCACUCGAGAUUGCAGCCGGUGGCUGGCUCGACCCAGCCGACGAUGGCCAACAAUACACAGAGGAACAGAUCAAGAAGGAUGCCAGGAUAAUACUACGCAUCGAGGAGGAAACAGAGCCGGGGGGAUCUUGA